UCAGCAACAUGAUAUGACCAAAGUCACUUUAUUGUUCAUGUUUUUACAAAUCUACACUAAAGUUGAUUUAAAGGUGGCUCACAUCACAGCAGCACAAGUAAAGAGCAUCCCUUUCCUCUCCUGCUACAUUUCAAAUGAAUUGGAGAGCUUUGACACAAUCAAUGACGUCACUAAUACUAUCUUUCGGCACUGUUCUCUUCUCAAUCAUGACAUCCUCUUACAACUUAUAGGCAACUUCCAGUUCACUAGUUCUCUAAGAGCAUUGCAAUCACUGGAGGAUGAGCAGCAGUAUUACUGUAGAAAGUUAAUCAGCUCAGAGUUUAUGGAAGAGCUCAAUAUCUUAAGAACUACAAUUUGUUCAUCACUCGUACCAGUGGUUGAAUUUGAGUUCCCCAUCGAUGUUCUUUCGUCUACAACUGUGUCUGAAUUCAAGUUGACUCUGUGCUGUAUUUUUUCGGAGCUGGCAUCGUUUCUACACCUUUAUAGGAUCAUUUGUAGCAAGUCUCUUGUCAGAAUUACUCUGUGUGGUCCUGAAGGUCUGAGAACAAGAAUAGCAAGCAAAGUAAAGUGCAAGAGCAGAUACAUACUGAAUGUAGCUGGUGCAAGCUCAUGUACUUGUGACAUAUUGGGCCGUGUGAAUGAGGAGAAUUCAGGGAUUAAAGAUGACGAACAAGAAGUUGAUAAUAAAGAGAGAAAUGAUCUUACUAAGAAUGAACAAUUGUUGAAUGAAGAUAGUAAGAAUCAAGUUAUAAAUGAAGUGGCAAUAAGAACAAGCCCAAAAGAAUCACCAGUAGCCAUAGUUCAGUCAACAGAAGUAGGACCUAUGUGUAUUUAUCCAGCUUGCAUUGAAUCGCAGUUACAUGAAGGGCCUAUUCCUGAUGUAUCAGUUACAAAGUCAUCAAAAUUAGUUGUAAAACCAGUCCUUCUUGUUCAGCCUCUUAAAAAAGACACUGAAGUGAAAGAAGUGAAAGAACUUGAAUUUGAUGAGUCAGAGCCAGAGGUAGCCUGUAAACCAAGAACAAGGAAAAGAGUUAACACUUGGAGGUUGUUUCAACCCCAAGACAGAGAUGUACUCAUCAUUGGAUCAUUUGGUGCUUUUUCAAAACAGUAUACUGUAGCUCCUAAGAUUGUUCCCAGCCACUUGAAAGGGGAGAAGUGGAUGAGCGACGAAAUUGAAAGAAUUAAAAACGUUUAUGAAAAGUACAACGAAAGGUUUGAGGUAUUUUUCUUGUCCCAUGGCUUUCCUGGAGAAGAAAAAUCUAGACAGGAUUACAUUGACAUGAUUAAAGCGUUAUUUUACAGCAAGAAACAUAAAGGAGCUGUCAUCUGGUACACUGGUCAUGGAGAGAGGGGUACUGGUAACUGGUGCUUCAAAGACGGCAUCAUUUCAUUUGAUGAUAUCUUCAAUCUCUACUGCAGCCACUACAUGGGCUCUUCACUGACCAUAGUCUCCGACUGUAGCUACUCAGGCCAAUGGAUUAAUGACUGGGCUAGGAAACUAGAUGAGUUUAAUAUACCAGCUUGUGGGCAUCAUGCUAGGAGGAAUAAGUUUCUAAUAAAAAUAAUUGCGUCUUGUCAGCAUGAUGAAGAAGCGACAGCUCUCUCAUUCAUAAGUGAGGGGGUGGAUUUUGACGAAGACGAGAAGGGACUGAUGCAUUGCCAUGAUGGGAAAGUUUUAGAAUCAGGGCAAAGGUGUUUUGGGAUUGAUUUCAGAGUCAUUUGUUGUGGUAAGGGAAGAGAUGAAACUUGUGAAAUAGAUAGCAGUUGUUCGUCUAAAUUCACCUGGACACAGUGUAUAUCUGGUAGUUCAGAACUUAUUUAUAUUGUUACUGGCAAAAGCAAAGAACACGAGAAUGUGUGGCACUGCCUGCUAUUAGAUAAAAAGAAACUGGAUGUGUUUAAAGGAGCAGUUAGCACAGCAGAGACCAUUGAUGUUAGUUCAUAUGGGGAAAUUCUUCAUUCUGGCAUUGGAAACAAACCGCCAGCAUGGUUGCAUAGGGACUUAGAAUUAAGAUUUGUAAAGUGUCCUUCUGAUAUGAUGGAUUUAAGAGAAAGUUGAAGUCUUCAUGGAAGCUAGCCAUUCAAAAAUUGUAUGUUUGGCAGUAAUCUAUUAGAGUAAUGAUGAUUGUAAAUAGCCUAUGUUAUAUUUUUAUGUUGUUGUAAAU